AUGAUUUUAGGAAUGAGCAGUUCCAUACUUGCAUCCCAUCGCACACAGAAAAAGAAAGAGUGAAAUUAAAGGCAACGGCACCGUCUAGACUCAUAACUUCGGACACAGGUCAUCAUCAGUCAUCUAUCAUUAUUCAUCUCUCUCUCUCUUUUUCUCGCGGAGACGCCGUCGUUUUGCACUAAACGCCGGUGCCUCCGCCCCCUUCCUAUGGCCGAGAAAUCCAAGCACCUGCGUCGUUUCCGCUGGUCGCUGCCGGUGAGCCUCGUCAUUUUGUCCAUCGCCUACAUCUAUGCCUCCACCGUCUUCGUCUUCGUAGACCGGUGGUUCGGUCUCCUCUCCUCUCCCGGCCUCAUAAACAGCGCCGUUUUCACCGCUCUUGCCGCCAUGUGCGUCCUCACCUACCGCCGCGCCAUCUCCACCGAUCCCGGCCACGUCCCCGCCACCUACAUGCCCGACGUUGAAGAUUCCGAAUCACCAAUCCACGAGAUCAAGCGCAAGAGUGGAGAUCUGCGAUAUUGCCAAAAAUGUUCACACUAUAAGCCUCCCCGUGCACAUCAUUGUCGGAUUUGCAAAAGAUGUGUGCUUCGAAUGGAUCACCAUUGCAUUUGGAUAAAUAACUGCGUCGGCCAUGCAAACUAUAAGGUCUUCUUCAUCUUUGUCUUGUAUGCUGUAAUUGCAUGCAUCUACUCCCUGGUCUUACUUGUUGGAAGUCUAGCUUAUGAUGGCGUUCAGGAUGAUGAUAAAAGUGGCGGCUCUUUCAGAACUGUAUAUGUUGUUUCUGGCCUCUUGCUGGUCCCUUUAUCUAUAGCAUUAUGUGUGCUUUUAGUAUGGCAUGUCUAUCUCAUCUUACAUAACAAGACUACGAUAGAGUAUUAUGAAGGAGUGAGAGCUCUGUGGCUUGCUGAGAAAGGUGGAAGUAUCUAUAAACAUCCAUAUGACCUUGGCCCAUAUGAGAAUUUGACUUCUGUUUUGGGUCCAAAUAUCCUUAGCUGGCUAUGGCCUACGGCAGGCCAUAUAGGUUCUGGACUUAAGUUCCGCACCGGCUACGAUGUUGUGCAAGGAGCAUCAACAUCCAAAUGAAGUUUUGAUCCAAAUGAAGUUUUGAUGUUGCUUCAUCAUGGGCAUUGUUUUGCGAAACAGAUGAUAAGCGAAAAAGAACAACAAUCGAAAUUAAAUGGAAAGGGAAGCUCCUGUACUUCCUCUCCAGAGUUUCCUGAUACAAGGAAUUCAUUAACCAUGUUUGUACACACCACAGUUUGUUGUAAAGAAACUAAUAAAUUUAUAAUUCAUCAAAAUGUGAAAAAAAAGUAACCAAUGUUUAGAGGUUUA